AUGGCCUCUCAACCAUCAACUGUCAUUCGUGUUAAACCACAUCAUUUUAUUCAUGUUUUAGAUAAUAAUACCAAUGUUACCAGAGUUGAAGUUGGUCCACAAACUUUCACCAGACAAGACCAUGAAAGAGUAUUACACCCAACUCCAUUACCAAUGAUUUUAAUUCCACCAAGAAAUUAUUGUAUCAUUGACAACCCAAUUAUUAGAAAGGAUGGUGUUUUAGUUGUUGAUCAAUUCAAUCAACCAAAACUCCGUCAUGGUGAUCAAGAAAUUCGUUUCAGUCAAGAUCCAUUCCCAUUAUAUCCAGGUGAAGUUUUAAUUGCCCAACCAGUUCCAUUACAAGUUAUUCAAGCCAAUUCAGCUUUAAGAUUAAAAUGUCUUCGUGACUUUGUCGAAGUUAAGGCUGAUAAAACCACUGUUUCACGUACUGCUGGUGAUGAAUGGUUAUUUGAAGGUCCAGGCACAUAUUAUCCACGUGUCGAAGUUACAGUUAUUGAACCAGUUAAAGCUGUUAUUAUUAAAGAAAAUCAAGCCCUCAAAUUAAGAGCUCGUCUUUGUUUCACCGAUCGUAAAGGUUCCGAACGUCAACCAGGUGAAGAAUGGUUAGUUCGUGAAAGUGGUGCCUAUUUACCAGGUGUUCAUGAAGAAAUUGUUGGUUUUAUUCAAGCCCUUGUUUUAACCGAUCGUAUUGCUUAUCAAUUAUUAGCUCUCCGUUCAUUCAUUGAUUGUUUCGGUAAAGCUCGUAAAGCUGGUGAAGAAUGGAUUAUCACCCAAUCAGAUUGCGAUACCUAUAUUCCAGACGUCAAUGAAAAAGUUGUUCGUGAUAUUAAAGCCAUCACUUUAACCAAUCGUCAAUACUGUAUCGUCGAAAAUCCAGUUGACAAAGCUACUGGUAAAAAUAAAUUAGGUCACAAACAACUCUUACAAGGUGAUCUUACUUUCUUCUUAUUACCAGGUGAAUCAUUAGUCAAAGGUAUCCAAAAUGUUAACGUUUUAUCAGAAGAUGAAGCUCUCUUAUUAAGUGCCAAAGAAGAAUUUGUUGAAAAGAAAGGUAAAGAAACUGUUGUUCACAAACCAGGUGAUCUUUGGAUGAUUUAUGGUCCAUGCGAUUAUAUUCCACCAAUUCAAGUUGAUGUUGUCGAACGUCGUAAACGUAUUCCAUUAGAUGUCAAUGAAGGUAUCUAUGUUCGUGAUAUUAAAACUGGUAAAGUUCGUUCAGUUCACGGUUCAUCAUACAUGUUAUUACCAAACGAAGAACGUUGGGCUAAACCACUCUCACCAAUUGUUGAUGAACUCUUAAAUAAAUCAGCUUCACGUGAUGUUAACGAAGAACACAACAAUGCUGAAAGAGAUCCAACUAAAGUUGUUACUUACCGUGUUCCACAUAAUGCUGCUGUUCAAAUUUUCGAUUACAGAAAGAAAGAAGCUCGUGUUAUCUUUGGUCCAGAAUUAGUUAUGUUAGAACCAGAUGAAGAGUUCACUGUUCUUUCACUCUCUGGUAAAAUUCCAAAGAGACCAAAUCACAUUCGUUCACUUGCUCUCUUCUUAGGUCCAGAUUUCAUGACUGAUUUAAUUACUGUCGAAACCGCCGAUCAUGCUCGUCUUUCAUUAAAACUUUCAUACAACUGGCACUUUAAGAUCGAACCAAAGAACCCAUCCAAAUUAUUCGCCACCUCCGAUUUCACUGGUGAUCUUUGCAAAGCUACUGGUUCUUUAGUUCGUGCUGCUGUUGCUGCUUCAACUUUCGAUAACUUCCACAAACAUUCAUCAGAUAUCAUCCAAACUGCCGUUUUUGGUAAAAACAAAAAUGGUGAAAGCAAUGACUGUCUCUAUUUCGAAACUAAUGGUUUAGUCAUCACCAAUAUUGAUGUUCAAUCAGUUGAACCAGUCGAUCAAAGAACCUUAGAUUCAUUACAAAAAUCAGUUCAAUUAGCCAUUGAAAUUACCACCAAAUCACAAGAAGCUACUGCUCGUCAAGAAGCUGAACGUCUCGAACAAAUGGCCCGUGGUGAACUUGAACGUCAAAAAAUUGUUGAUGAAGCCAGAGCUGAAGAAUCUCGUGCUAAAUUAGUUCAAUUACAAGCUCAAUCAGCUGCUGUCGAAUCAACUGGUCAAGCUGUUGCUGAAGCAAGAGCUAGAGCUGAAGCUGCUAUCAUUGAAGCUGAAUCAGAAAUUAAACAUGCUAAACUUUCAACUAAAGCUACCGAAAUCGAAAGCAAUGCCGAUCUCGAAACCAUUAAAGCCAAACGUAUUGCUGAAUUAGAACACGUUAAAGCCCUUAACGAUUUAGAAGUUGUUAAAGCUAGAGAAUUAGCUGCCAUCGAAAUUAGCAAAUUCGAAAAUACUGUUAAUGCUUUAGGUAGUGAUACUAUUUGUGCCAUUUCAAAUGCUGGUCCAGAAAUGCAAGCUAAAUUAUUAGGUUCCCUCAAUCUUUCAUCAGUUAUGAUUACUGAUGGUUCAUCCCCAGUCAAUCUUUUCAAUACCGCUAAUGGUUUAAUUGGUAACGGUGUAAAUAUGCAUGAAUAA